ACAACUUCCGCUCAGCCUCGCUUUCGGCUAACGCUCUUCUAACCUUUUUUUGUCGAUGGCAUGCUGCUAGUAGCUGCAGUAGAAAUUAUUAGCACUUAAAAAACUGUAAUCGGCCAUCUUCUUUAAAGUCGUUUACUAACUUAAAUUUCUGCAAGCACAUGUCAGCCAUCAUACUUCAACAAUUCCGCCUUCAGGUUUUCAUUUAUUCUCCAAGGUUAGCCAGCUAGCGGGCUAACGAUAGCCGAUUAACGCUAAACAACUUGAGCCAACUCGAACUCGGCGGACACUUUACAUUCAUUACUACGUCUUGAAUUCGCUGAAGUAAGAUAAAAACGACCAGGAUAAGGGAAAUAACAUGGCGGAAGCCGAUAAGUUGAACAUCGAUUCCAUUAUACAGCGUCUGCUGGAAGUGAAAGGCUCCAGACCUGGUAAGAACGUUCAGCUGACAGAGAAUGAAAUCCGUGGACUUUGCCUCAAAUCCCGGGAGAUCUUCCUCAGCCAGCCGAUCCUGCUCGAACUUGAGGCCCCCCUGAAGAUUUGUGGGGACGUCCACGGGCAGUACUAUGAUCUUCUGAGGCUGUUUGAAUACGGAGGCUUUCCUCCGGAGAGCAACUACCUGUUCCUGGGCGAUUAUGUAGACAGAGGCAAGCAAUCUCUGGAGACCAUCUGCCUGUUGCUGGCUUACAAGAUCAAAUACCCAGAAAACUUCUUUCUGCUGAGAGGAAACCAUGAGUGUGCAUCUAUUAACAGAAUAUAUGGCUUCUAUGAUGAGUGUAAGAGGCGAUACAACAUAAAGCUGUGGAAGACCUUCACCGACUGCUUCAACUGUUUGCCUGUGGCAGCCAUUGUUGAUGAGAAAAUCUUCUGUUGCCAUGGAGGCCUGUCCCCGGACCUCCAGUCCAUGGAGCAGGUGAGACGGGUUAUGCGCCCCACUGAUGUGCCUGAUCAGGGCCUCCUGUGUGACCUGUUGUGGGCCGACCCUGAUAAGGAUGUGCUGGGCUGGGGGGAGAACGACCGCGGCGUCUCCUUCACCUUCGGCGCGGACGUCGUCACCAAGUUUCUCCACAAACACGACAUGGACCUGAUUUGUCGAGCCCAUCAGGUCAGUGUGAGCUCUUGAUUUAGUGCGUAAAGAGGAGAGAGUGUGAAAGAUUUGAGU